CUACACCGCUGCCAUUAACUCGCUCGCAGUCCAACUCUCAUCUUGCUAGGUCACUUGGCGCCCCGGCGGCCGUAAACAAAUACCCAACAUGAGAGGCGGCGGCUUGGUUUACGCGGUGGCAAUCCUCCUGUUCAUCGGAUACCUUGCAGUCACAGCACAGUGUCGUUUUGAUGCUGGAACAAGGAGCUCCUACCUAGAGGAUCGUGCCGCCGGAGCAGCUACUAUGGUCAACACGACAUCGUCACUAGACGAGAGCAAGCUUUCCAUAAAAUUCUGCAUCAAGGCGGGAUGUAGUCAUGCUGAUGGCCUUUGGAAAACCUGCUUCUGCUGUGACAUUCUGCCGGACAAAAAGUGCUUCAGUUCGGAGGAUGAGUGCAGGAACAAAUGCCCCACCUGUCACCCCGAGUGUCCCCCUGCUUCUUCCAUGGAACUGCACGCAUAAACAAAUAAAAACUAGUCAUAACAUGAUUUUUAUGUGAGGAAACUAUAAUAGAUUUAUGGAUGUGCCAUACCUUUACUGAUAAUACUGUCUUUUGUCCCUAA